UGUCGUGUCGAACAUAACCUCGCCGAGAUAUCGUGUUCGCCUUAAUCUUAACGGUACUUAUUGUCGUGAUUGUGCGAAACGUACGGCGUUUGUGUUAACUUGUACAUCGCAGCUCUCGAAUUCGAAGGUCGACGCUCGUUUCGACAUGAGGGUUAACAGCUUGUCGAACUUCUUGUGUUUUGGUAAGUCGACAGUAUACAAAAUUCUCUGCGGUGGCACGGCGCAAUGCCUCCGUUGCUGUGAAUCCAGCAGACAGAGACAGUACGAAGCCGAAGACCGGUAUAAUGAUGUUAAACAUGGGUGGCCCUUCCAACAUAAAUCAAGUUUACGAGUACUUAUUACGAAUAAUGACCGAUCGCGAUAUGAUUCAACUGCCAGUUCAAAGUAAAUUGGGACCCUGGAUAGCGAAACGUCGCACCGCGGAGGUGCAGAAAAAGUAUUCCGAGAUUGGUGGCGGUUCGCCGAUUCUACAAUGGACGACCCAACAGGGUGAACUUUUAUGUGAAAAGUUGGAUAAAAUUUCGCCCGAAACCGCACCUCAUAAAUAUUACGUUGCCUUCCGAUACGCAGAUCCUCUCACGGAGGAUACGCUCGAGAGGAUACGCAACGACGGAGUACGGCACACUGUGCUUUUUUCUCAGUAUCCACAGUAUAGUUGUUCGACUUCGGGUUCCAGUUUUAACGCUAUAUACAAUUAUUACAGGACUAGAGAAUUACCGAGCGAGAUGAAAUGGAGCAUAAUAGAUAGAUGGGCCACACAUCCCCUCCUUGUAAAAACAUUUGUCGAAAGAAUUAAAGAGGAGCUCGCCCACUUUUCUAGCGAGAAAAGGGACGACGUUAUAAUUCUAUUUUCAGCUCAUUCUUUGCCGCUGCAGGUUGUGAAUAGAGGGGAUUCGUAUCCCGCGGAAGUCGGAGCCACGGUGGCAUUAGUAAUGCAAGAAUUAAAUUACUGCAAUCCAUACAGCUUGGUGUGGCAGUCAAAGGUCGGACCCAUGCCGUGGUUAGGACCUUUUACCGACGAAGCGCUAAAGGGCUACAUUAAACAAGGCAAGAAAAAUUUCAUUCUGGUACCAAUUGCAUUUGUAAACGAACAUAUCGAGACCCUUCAUGAAUUGGAUAUAGAGUACUGUCAGGAACUCGCCGAAGAACUUGGCAUCGAGAAGAUACGAAGGGCCGCGACACCCAAUGUUCACCCUUUGUUCAUCGAUGCUUUGGCGGACAUUGUAGUGUCUCAUCUUAGAUCGAAACAGGCUAUAAAUCCUAAAUUUCUGAUGCGAUGUCCUCACUGUGUAAAUUUAAAUUGCGACGCUAGCAAAAGUUGGUACGCUAAACUCUGUGCUAUUUAGUGGCCAAAAUUUUCUUCCUUAUUUAAGAUUUUAUAAAUGUUAUGUGAUAAUAUGCUUGUUGCAUUUGUAUUACACUUGUCGAUAAGUAAGUGAAAAAAGAAACAGAUUUUACGAAAUAUACAUAUGUACCAUA